AGAUUCUAAGGAUCAUGUCUGCGAGUCAGGAUUCUCGGUAAGAAAGGCAUUUGCAAGAGGUUAUGAUUACUUACCCCGAAGGUCCCACCGGGGGGGAAAGGGGGGACUUGAGAGGCCCAUCGCACCAAACCUACCAGGUUGCGGGAGAAUCGAGCCGGGAGGAACCGUCCGGGGAGGGGGGGGGAAAUCCCAUGGCCGACGCUGACACCAGUGUGGAUACGAGAAAGGACGGCCUGGCUAGGGCGGAGGGCGCGAGGCUCGUCACGAGGCCUCGGCCUGUGGGGAUGCCGAACGCGAAGGUCGGGUACUGAAAGGCAAGAUGAGGUCGCGACAUAACGUGGGAAAAAGGAGAGGCGGCUGCGGGGCCCGGAGCCGGCUGGUCUGGUUGCCUCCCUAUGUCGGGCAGGGCGUGCGCGCGAGGGUUCCGGAGAAUUCUGGCGGUACCACUCGCGACAAGCAGGGGUGCCUGGGUCUUCAGCGAGUCCCAUCGUCGCGCUUGGAAUGUGGGUCGGGGAAGAAGAAACCGGCCGUUCAGGGUGCUGGUUUUCUUGACGGCCAGGACAGAGCCUAACCCGGAGGAGCGGCCGCGUGAGGCACCAGGAGCCCACCCGGCGCCGGGCGGGCGGGUCCAUUUUGCCGCACAAGCCGGGCAAUUGGCAAACUGCGGAUGGGCAGGUCCACUUUCCUUCGGGGGUGAGCGGCCUGAGAUCCAGAGACAAUGGCCCUGAUGGCAUGGAGCCGGAAGGCGUCAUCGAGAGUAACUGGAAUGAGAUUGUGGAUAGCUUCGAUGACAUGAAUCUCUCAGAAUCCCUCCUCCGUGGGAUUUACGCCUAUGGUUUUGAGAAGCCCUCUGCCAUCCAGCAGCGAGCUAUUCUUCCUUGUAUCAAGGGUUAUGAUGUGAUUGCUCAAGCCCAGUCUGGGACUGGGAAAACAGCUACAUUUGCCAUAUCAAUUCUGCAGCAGAUUGAAUUAGACCUAAAGGCUACUCAGGCUUUGGUUCUGGCACCCACUCGUGAAUUGGCUCAGCAGAUACAAAAGGUGGUUAUGGCAUUAGGAGACUACAUGGGUGCGUCUUGUCAUGCCUGUAUUGGGGGCACCAAUGUGCGUGCUGAGGUGCAGAAGCUGCAAAUGGAAGCUCCCCAUAUCAUCGUGGGCACCCCUGGCCGGGUGUUUGAUAUGCUUAACCGGAGAUACCUGUCCCCCAAAUACAUCAAGAUGUUCGUACUGGAUGAAGCAGAUGAGAUGUUAAGCCGGGGCUUUAAGGAUCAGAUCUAUGAUAUAUUCCAAAAGCUCAACAGUAACACACAGGUAGUUUUGUUGUCUGCUACAAUGCCGUCUGAUGUCCUUGAGGUGACCAAGAAGUUCAUGAGAGAUCCUAUUCGGAUUCUUGUCAAGAAGGAAGAGUUGACCCUGGAGGGUAUCCGCCAAUUCUACAUCAAUGUGGAGCGAGAGGAGUGGAAGCUUGACACAUUGUGUGACUUGUAUGAAACACUGACCAUCACCCAGGCAGUAAUCUUUAUCAAUACCAGAAGGAAGGUGGACUGGCUCACUGAGAAGAUGCAUGCCCGGGAUUUCACUGUUUCCGCCAUGCACGGAGAUAUGGACCAAAAGGAACGAGAUGUAAUCAUGAGGGAGUUCCGAUCUGGCUCUAGCAGAGUAUUAAUUACCACUGACCUGUUGGCCAGAGGCAUUGACGUGCAGCAGGUCUCCUUAGUCAUCAAUUACGACCUUCCCACUAACAGGGAAAACUAUAUCCACAGAAUCGGUCGAGGUGGUCGGUUUGGCCGAAAGGGUGUGGCUAUUAACAUGGUGACUGAAGAAGACAAGAGGACUCUUCGAGACAUUGAGACUUUCUACAACACCUCCAUUGAAGAGAUGCCCCUCAACGUUGCUGACCUCAUUUGAGGGGCUGUGCUGCUACCUGGCCCUAGCCCAGGGUUCAGUCCUGGGGGGUGGGCUGAGGAACAGCUGGAGGGGGGGAGGGAAGGGAGCCAAGGGAUGGACAUCUUGUUUUUGUUUUGUUUUUUUUUUGUUUUGUUUCGGUUUUUUUUUUUUCUCUCUCUCUCUCUCUCUCUCUUUGAAUAAAUGUCACUUUUUGAGGCAAAAAGAAGGAACCGUGAA